CAUCACCCACUCAUCAAUCCUAUCUCCAACAUCCAACCCUCAGCCCACAAAAUGACCGACCCCUCCACCCCCCCAAACCAAACCACAAUCUCCACCCCAACCGCCCCCAGGGCCGUCUCGCCCUCGCCCUCGCCCCCGGGCCUGUACCUCCCCACCGACCGCCCGGGCAACGAAGGCUUCCACGACCGGCGUCGGCGUCUCGAGCGCCUCCAGGAAAGCAUCCACCUGGACGCGGGCCAGCUGCGCGACAUCCUCAAGCGCAUCUACCGGUACGACCACGCGGGCCGCGAGCUGAUCUGGAAAAAGAAAUGGCUGGACCAGUUCGUGCCGGAGACGUUUGAGGGGGCCGUCGUCACGGAGGAGGUGGCGGGGGAGGCGCUCGAGGAGGCCAUUGAUCGGUCGUUGGUGAGGCUUUGUCGGCCUUCGGCGUACGAUGUUUACCGGUAUGCGGUUCGAUUGAAUCGGAAUGAGCCCGGGAGUCGGAAGUAUCAUAUCUUCACGGUCAUUUGGGAUGGGUUCACGCCGGACGUUCCGGAGGAGUUGGAGGGGUUGCCUAAUUUGAAGUUCAACGAGGAGAGGAGGAAGGUGUUUUGGUAUCCUAGCAGGAAUUAAAUAGCGGGUUACCAGGGAGUGGAGUUUAGUGGUUGAAUGCUCGGUUCUCUUCAACAGAGGACUGAUUUAGCCGCCGGAUGGUAAUCAACUUACCUUUAGGGUAUGCUGGGUUGUUCUAGCUAUUAGGUGGUUUAAUGCUUCAGGC